AUGAGAGUUUUAUUGCUUUAUUCAAGAGCUCUCCAAAAACUGAAAGAAUUCAAGAAACGACGAAAUUUUGUAGCUGAUUUCUCGUAUUAAAACGGAAUUUAAUGCGAUGGCAUUAAACAAUCUUGUUUAUUGGUAUCAAAAAAAAAUAGGAACUUAUGACAAGCAGCAAUGGGAGAAAACUGUAGAGCAAAAAAUAUUUUCUGGUUUUACCAAUGUUCCUAUGAGAACAGCAAAACUUAAAACAGAACUGAUCGAUGUUGAUUUAGUUCGAGGUUCAUCUUUCACAAAAACAAAACCAAAACAUGGACUGGGGACAGUGGUUUAUCUUGCAGUUCAAAGGCUGUUAUUUUUACCAUUCAAUGCACAAUGGUGGAUUCAACAAACAAGCACUCGCAUUUAUAUAUUUUUUUUACUUCUUUAUGGCCUGCAAAUGCUUAAUAUCUACAUUUACUUAAAUUAUUACCUGAAGGAAAAUGAUGUAAAAGUGGUGACAAUGUCAGAGGUUCUUGUACCUGCAGUAAUGAUGUUAACUUUAUCUAUGGUACACUCACAAAUCGUAUCAACAAAUUCUGGACCAAUGAUAUCUAAUAGCUAUGAAAGACAACGAAUUAGACGUGCUAGGCAUGGUAGAGCUCGACUGAAUAAAAGAAUAAGAAGGAAUAUACGCGAGAAUGACGAUUCAAAGACUUUUGUAGAUACAAAUUCAGAAAAAGUUAGUGCAAUAAUUACUGAAACCUCACCUUCAGUUAGAUUUGCAAAAAAACUCAUAAUUGAAACAUCAGCUGUAGCAAGUACUUCUAGCACAAUAAAAGAUUGCUCUGUAUGUAAUAGUCGUAGAAAUUCACUGUCAAAUCCUCAACCUUAUGUUGAAGCCCAGAAUUUAGCUAUAGAAAAACAAAUAGUUUUAAUAAAUAAUUUAGAAGAAAAUCAAGAAAUUGAAAAUGUUGUUCACCAAGAUGACGAUGGUUUUGAAAGCUUAAAUGGUAAUGCAUCAAGUGAUAACGACAGAGAAGCCUCUAGUUCCAAGAAUGAAGACAAUCAAAAUGAAAAUUCAGAAAGUAUAGUAAAAUCAAAAGAAGAUAAUGACAAAGAAGAAAAUCCUUUGUGUGAUAAAAUUGCUUCUAAAGUUUCUAGGAAAAAAGGACAUUUUAAUGACAGUGAAGAAGAUGAAUAUGACAGUCCGAGUAGUGAACAUCCUUCAAUUCCAAGUUCAAGAAGCAAUAGGAGAGAUUGCGAGAGUGAAGAAGAAGGAGAAUGUGAAGAAACCAUGACCAAUCAUUUGAUGGAAGCUACAACUUCUGCAACCGAAUGGAUGGGUGUUACUACAAAUAGUGACGAAUGUAGUUACAGUUCUGAAUUUGAGGAAUCUGAUCAUGAUAGUGAAGCUAAAGUGAAUUAUACAGAGUUUAUAGAACAUCCAUUUUCGUGGGAAUUCGAACUACCACCAUCAGUUUUCCUGAAUUCAAGUACUACUUCAUCCGACAAAGUUUCUUGUACAAUUUGGACACAUAGAGAUAUUAAAAAAGCUGAAUUGUCGGUAUUAGAUAUCAGUUCAGCAAUAAUAGCAAAAGUUGAAUCCAUGCCGGAAAGUAUGGAUUAUUUUUAUGCUGGACUAGUAUUAGCUGUUUUAUUGUCUUCUGUGCCUUCUCUUAGACGUGUUAGUGACCACUUUGGAAUAGAAUCCGUGAAUAAUACCGUUAGUUCCUUAUCACCUAGUGAAUUAUUAACUGUCGAUCCGAAGACGCUUUCAGAUAUAAUAUGUAAAAUGAUUAACGUCGCCUUUGGUUCAUCGAUGAUAGAUCGCGUAUUGAUCUUAUCUUCAGCAUUUGAAAGACUUGUUUUAGCAUCACUAUUAUUUUUUCUAUUAGCAGUAGCCGAACGAACAUAUAAACAACGAUUGCUAUAUGCAAAACUGUUUUCGCAUUUAACGUCGUCUAGACGUGCAAGAAAAUCUGACUUACCACACUUCCGUUUAAAUAAAGUUAGAAAUAUUAAAACGUGGUUAAGUGUAAGGUCAUAUUUGAAGAGGAGAGGUCCUCAAAGAUCAGUUGAUGUAAUCGUGUCUUCAGUUUUUAUAAUCACUUUAGCAUUACUAUCGUUUGUUUGCUUAGAACUUAUUAAGGAUCUUGAUACAUUACACUCUCAUUGCAAUGUAGAAGCUUUGUUUUGGAGUUUUUCACUCGGUCUAUUCAUAUUAAGAUUCAUGACACUUGGAACAAAAAUCAAUAAAAAGUAUAGAAAUCUAUCAAUUUUAAUCACGGAGCAGAUUAACCUUUAUUUGCAAAUUGAACAAAAACCUCAUAAAAAAGAAGAAUUUAUGGUAGCUAAUAGCGUUUUAAAGCUAGCAGCAGAUUUGAUCAAGGAGCUUGAAAGUCCAUUUAAAAUUUCUGGUUUAUCAGCUAAUCCUUAUUUAUAUACAAUAACAAAAGUUGUUCUUCUAUCAGCGCUGUCUGGAGUACUUUCGGAGUUAUUAGGUUUUAAACUAAAAUUACACAAAAUUAAAAUUAAGUAGACAAUCAUUUCAUACAUUUUAGUGGGUAGCCAUUAGAUUGGAUGGUAUGUACCAUUGUACAAAGAAUAUUGUGAUUUGAACUUGACCAAAUUUGUUAAGAACUCAAUUAAAGUUGACGUUUUGAUCUAUGAUAAUACGUGGGAGCUUACACGUAGAAAAAAAAUUUCAUAUAGAACAAACAGAUUAGCAAGUAAAUGUCCUUUUGGAGUUAUAGUAAAUGAAACGUAAGCUUGAAGUUAACGUUUGCUUCGUUUGAUUUUUAAAUUUUACGUCGGUUUGUUAAGAUAUUUAACAGCAACUACCAGUAUAUAUUCGAAGUGCAUAGAAAAAAAUAUUGUUAAACAUUUUAAGCUUGUUAAGAAGUCUUAGUAUCUAAAGUAUUUCUGAAAAUUAGAAGUGGAUUUCGUGGUAAAUAGCAAAUUUCACAACGCCAGAAGUGCUUUAUUUUUAUUGUUAAAACCCAGUAGCAAUGUUCAAAUUUUAGAAGGUGUUUUACUGGUGAUUUCUGUGCAGUUGCAAGCAAAAGUAAUUAUUAUUUCUUUAUACAAAGUUUUAACACGAUUUUACCAUAAUGACGAAAAUUAUUUUUUAUGUUAUGUAUAUAUUAUCAGUAAAGAUUAUAAGUUUCAUUAUUCAAGACAAAAUGUACAUCAAUGUAUUUUCGUGUUGACUGUUUUACAAAUAUUUGACGAUUAGCUGCGACAUUAGGAUGACUAUAACAGUUUCUUGUAAAACAAGUAAGUAUUACGUGAGUUGUAUGGAUAGUAUGAAAGAGAAAAAUACUAGAAAUUUUAUUCUUUAUGAAUAUAUUUGUAAUAUUUAAUAUAAUGCAAUAUAUUCAAUUUGUUUUUGAAAUAAAUUACUGUAUUUCAGAAUCAAUAAGUAUAUGUAUAAAAACACAAUGGCAGUUUCUUUAUUUUUCAAAAUAGGUUGAAUUGCCACUCCUAAUUCGCGAUAUGAUGUACACCAUUAUAAGGAUAUUUUUAAAUAUAAUUAUUUACAUUGGUAAAUUACAAGCUUUUAGGAUAACUAAUAGAAAAUAUUACUAUUGACGUUAAAUUGUAUAAUUUAGUUAAACAAUACAUCUUCACAUGCAUAAUUAUAACGUAACAUUUUCAUUCUGAGAUUAUCAUUUAGCUAUGCUUUAUCGCGAUUAAUUAAAUAUCGUUAAUGUUUUUAAAUUUAAUUUAUGUCCGUGUCUCGUCAUGCAUGUAUAGUUUAUCACAUUGCUUGUGAUAAUUAUUAAACUGUAAAAAAUAAAUACCUUUUAAGAAAGAACUGAUCAAAUUAAGACAUGUUAUGAUCAAUAUGUAUGUGGUUGUACUUUUAUUCUUACAGGAUAAUGAUUAAAAUAAUAUGAAACA